GAUCGCACCGGUUCAGCAGUGCUGCUAAAAGGAACAGACCUCUGGUGAAUUAGGCGAUUAUAUACACACAGCACUCGAACCAAAAAGAACCAAAAAUAAUUCGUUGGGUCUCGAAUUUUUAAUUAAAUAUUUUUAUAAAAUAUAUUUUUUUAUACUACUUCAGUGUAGGUUAUUGCAUACGAAUAAAAUUGUGGUCGUGAUAUUGUCGGCUAAGGAAUGUCAUUGCGCAGGUAUAACAUAUGGCGGAAAAGCUGCGCAACGCAACGAUCCGAUAGUUGUUGGUAAACGAUGACGGAACAACACUCCUGCCUCUAUUAUUGAAAAGAACUUGGUGUGAAACAGCGUGCGCAUUGUAAUUAGGGUUACGUACGUGCUUUUCCUUCAUCCGAUCAUUGAAAGUUGAUUGUUGAGCGGUGAAAACAAAAGCACGAAAAAUGAGUAAUUCAACUAUUUCGGAUCAAUCACUGAUGGAUAAAUCGAUGCGAAGUGUCUUCGUCGGGAAUAUCCCGUACGAGGCUACGGAGGAGAAUCUGAAGGAUAUCUUCAGCGAGGUUGGACCGGUGCUUUCCUUCAAGUUAGUCUUCGAUCGUGAGACUGGCAAGCCUAAGGGAUAUGGCUUCUGCGAGUACAAAGAUCAAGAGACGGCCUUGAGUGCCAUGAGAAAUUUAAAUGGAUACGAGAUCGGUGGUAGAACGCUGCGUGUGGACAACGCGUGUACUGAGAAAAGUCGAAUGGAGAUGCAGAGCUUGUUGCAAGGACAGAAUACAGAGAAUCCCUACGGAGAAGUUGUCCAAUCGGACAAGGCUCCAGAGGCGAUCAGCAAAGCCGUAGCUUCCCUGCCGCCGGAGCAGAUGUUCGAGCUGAUGAAGCAGAUGAAGCUUUGCGUGCAAAACAAUCCCAACGAAGCGCGUCAGAUGCUUCUGCAGAAUCCUCAGUUGGCGUACGCUCUGCUCCAAGCACAGGUAGUGAUGAGAAUAGUGGAUCCUCACACGGCAGUCAGCAUGUUGCACAAGGCCAAUCCUAUUCCGGGUGUGCUGGCGCCCACGGACAAGCCUGUGGCGCAUCCUAUCCAGCCGCGGAUCGAGGAGCCCUGGGCAGCACGACCUGCACCAGCUGUCAACCCUCCGGCGCCUAUCUUUGCAGGUCAAGACGUGGAUCUUCGUACAUUGGACAGACAAAUGGAUCCGCGUCUAGCUAGGAUGGAUCAAGAUCUGAGGGCGCCUCCGCAAAAUCAGCCCACGCCAGUCAGCGCGCCACCGGUGAUACCGGCUAUCGCCGAUCCGAGGGCUCCUAAUGCGUUCAAUCUUACAGACAACUUCUGCCGUGAUCCAAGAGCCGACAGGUUUGGCAGAGACCCGAGAGAUCCCAGAGACCCAAGGAUGCCCAUCGAUCCCAGGAUUACCAAAGCUAAUCCGGUACCUGUCGCGCCACCGAUCGUGCCAAGACCGGUUGCCGCACCUACGGUACCAACGCCGAGCACUGUAACAGGUAACGCGGCUAGUUCUGCCGUUGCGCUCUCGCAGUCCGCGAGUUCCGCUACUUCCAGACUCAUGGCUGGAAUGUCUCCGGCGGGAAAUAUUCCCAGCGGCGCGUCAGAUCAAGAAAAGGCGGCUCUGAUAAUGCAGGUGUUGCAAUUGUCAGAUGAGCAAAUUGCAAUGCUACCACCCGAGCAGAGGCAAAGUAUCUUAGUGCUAAAGGAACAAAUCGCGAAAAGUACUCAACGUUGAUACAUUUUCAUACAUCUUGUUUUCAAACGUCUUUGUAACGAACAGCAUGGUAACAAUAUAGAUACAUCGAUACACCUCUA